AUGCAGUGUGUAUUUCACGGUCGAACUUCUUGUUAAUAUGCAGACACGAAUCGAUGAAGCAGGUUUAAAUCAAUUUUUCGCGGAACAUCGUAACGAUAAUUUCAUUUUCGACGUUUCCGUUAACGAAUCAGUCUGACUCAUGAAAACAUCGGAAAAACUGUGACGUGAGUAUUUUUUUUUUUUAUUAAUUUUACCAUUCGAUUAAUCACAUUACAUUUUUUCACUAGUGGCCUAACUACACACGUAUAAUUAGUGUACGUAACAAAGAAAAUAUCAGUAUAAUUACGGUGUGUACCAUACAUCGUUAGGCAGCGGGAAUCAUCAUGGUCCUUUUCCAGUCGAUUGUUAUUAUCGGAACGCUCUCCACGAUCUUUGGAUACGAAAACUUGUACUAUGACUUAUUUCCCGAUCCACCAUCAACAACCGUUGGCGAUGAAGUCACCGUCAAAUCCACCAACACAACGACAGUAUGGACGUCUGACGAAGGAUUUUACGACAGAAUGGAAGAAGAAGUUGAACAAGAAUGUCUUUGUAAGCCGUACUACGAUUGUGCUACUUUCGUAUCGACUAGUGACGGCGCCGGAUUUAUAAACAUAAGGUGUCUAUAAAUAUUAUAUAAUAUACAUAGAAUUUUAGAGGGUAGGAUCUUAUUGAAGUUUAAUGUUGUGCAAUAGUGUGGUCAAAUUUAUGUGUAGUUUUAUCGUUUGUCAAUAUUCCACUAGUCGAAACUGUUUACCUACUUGAGUCGGCAAAAAGGAUGUGUAUGUUUUUUCUUCGUUAAAAUAAUUACAGGCGCCAAACUAAUCGCACGGUACUAUUUGUACGGUAUUCAAGGACGUAUAGGUAGGUGAACUAUAUUUCCGGGGAGGAGGCAGCUUUUUCUUUUAGGAUACACAAUAAAUAUAUUAUGUAUUCGUUAAUUAUUCUUAUUGAAGUAUAGUAUAUUAUAGUAUACAGGUUCUCUCAUUUAAAUAAUCGGCCAGUUGCUUAUUUUGUAAUACGUAAACUUUUGUUUGAUAGGGAAUAUACCUACCCCCAGAGCAUUUUAAACUCGUCAGACGUGUUUCGAAUAAGAAAAACCAUAACAAACAACAAAUCACAGUAUGAGUAACCUUGUACCGCAGUAUUGACAUAUUAUCAUUAAAUCGAUAACACUAAAUGCACAAAUACAUGUAUUAAAUACCAUUAACAAGUUCACUAAUCGUCUAUGCUUACUAAGACAAUUUCUUCAUUUAAAAUCGAAACUUACACUCCACACAAAAUUAAAUUUUCUACAAACUCUUUCUACAAUCAUUUUGGACAUGCGGUAUACAAAUUUGGGUAUACACCACACCAAAAAGUUCGACCUGAAUAAAAAACAAAUAAUCCAAAAUGAAACAAUCCACUUAAUUACGAAUGCGUCAUUCAAUAUUUAAAAUCAAAUUUUACACUCUGACUUACAAAUUAAAAUUAUCUAUCACACAUCUUUUAAAAUAUAAAAUCAUAUUUUUCCAUUUCUCGCUAUUCUCAGAAUCUAAAGUUGAACUAGAAAUAAUAAAUAUUCAUUAUUAAUUGUGAUUAACAAUAAUAGUUUAUAAAAUAAAUUUAAUAUUUUUUAAAAAAAUCAUAAAAAUAUAAAUAAUGCAGUUUUUCUAAUUUAAUGUAAAAUAGAAUAUGUAAAAAUUAAAGCAUAGGUAAACAAUUUAAUAUUAUACUAUAUUUAUUACAUUAGGUCCGAUCAAUGUAAGUUAUAAUAAUACGAAAACUACGACAAAUAUAAUAAUAACAUAAAUAAUUAGGUACCUGUUAUAGACCUGCAAGGGCCAUCAAUUUUCGGUCCGGUGUGAUCCAAAAAAAUAAAAGCCUAAGCCCGACUCGAAAAUAGUUAAACUUUUUAAAAAACCCCGUCCGUCCGAUGAUAUUUCUUUAAAGCCCGAUCCGAUCCGGUUCAAAAUGUUUUAUUAAAUAAAGCUCAAGCCCAGUUCGAUGAUAAUCUCUUAAAAAGUGUUGAUUCAGUAACUGAUUUUUUUCAUUGCUUUAUUAUUAAACUUUAUACUUAUUACGUAAUACGUAUAUCCCUGAAUUAGAUACUGUAUAGUCUUGAUAUUAUAUUACAUAAUACAUAUUAUCAUUUUUAUUUCAAAUAAUUAUGAUUAUUUUAAUACAUUUUGAAACACCAAACCAAAAAAAAAAAUAAUAAUCCAGAUCUAGCUCUUCAUAAAAUUCCAUAACUUUAAAAGCCCGAUCCGGUCCGAUGAAAUUUAUUUUAAACCCGGUACGAUCCAAUCUAAAAAUGUCCGUAUAAAAAAAGCCCAGACAAGAUCCGAGGACAUUUAUUUUAAGCCCAGUCCGAUCCAGUUCAAAAUAAUUUAUAUUAAAAAAGCCCAGUCCGGCCUUUCAUAAAAUUCCAUGACUUUCGAAAUAUUAUUCAUAUGAACUGGUAGUUAUAUAUUGUAUGCCUGGUGUGAUGGUGAAGAUUAUAAUUGCCAUUAGGUAGGUAGAAUUAAUUAAUGAGAAAAUUAAAACGAGUUUAUACUGCUGAUUGCUGAUGUUGAGAAGGUAGGAUAGCAUAGAGUUAUUUAAUUUCUACCUGCAAUCGUUGCUAACGAAAUACGACUCUGAGCGAAUUUCGAUGCGGUUUUUACUAAUUUCAUCAAAAUUCGAUCUUAAAACGCGUAAACAAAAAAAACCAACUGUACAAUUUUAUUCAGUAGUAAAAAAAUCGAAAAAUUUAAAAUAAUGAAAUCUUCAACGCUGUAAAUUUGUUUGUUUUUCUUUUGUGUUUUAUUCCAAAUAUUACGAAAACAGCUUAAAAAAUCAAAAAAAAAAAAUUUUUAAGAAUACAGAUUAGCCAGAAUACUGGGUGUUCUUAUUUUAAUUUUGUUUUUAUUAUUGUGUUAUGUCACUCACAGCCCAUAGAAUAACAUAAUUAUGUUAUAAGUAACAACAACUGUACUGCAGUUUAUGCCUGGUCAAAAUAAAGGGACGAGGGAGGGAAUAUAUCCCUCAUAUACCCCCCUUAAUAAAUACGUCAAUGAUCUACCCUUCUUAUCCAACUUACCUCCCAACUUCAGUUUGCAUAGUAAUUAAAUAAUAGUUUCAUAUUUAUACAAAUACUAUAUAUUUACAACAUAUUAAUAUAUACUCAUAAAUGUUGUACAAUAUAUAACAGGAUGCCAUUGGGACAAUGCGAAAGUUAUUUGGAUGUGUGUUGCAAAAACCAGACUAAGACGGAAAAGCCUAUUUCAAGUACUCCACAUUAUAAUAACACAGACGGCAGUUAUAUUCACCAUGGCCAAAAAUUAGAAACAGCGAUAUCUGAUAAACAAAUGUUGUCUCCAACUACAGAAUUUACGCCUUCAACUGAAAACAAUGACGUUACGUAUAGUACAGUAAGUGCUACGGACAUUGCAGGAAACACCCAAAAACCACUAAAAAAUGUAUUAAUCGAACAAAUUUCUACGGUGACUAAUCAUCUAACCCAGUUAUUCCGUCCAGAAAAUCAUAGUGUUUCCACAGAGUCCACUGAAACUAUCAAAUUUCACCAAAACCCAUCAAAUCAAAAUUCGUCUGAAACGACAAAUGAAUUGGUUGGUAAUACUGAAUCUUCGAUUUUUCCGAUAAAAACGGAAGAAACAGUAGUUUCUUCUAUUGACAGUCAAUCCGUCCAUAAAUGCGGUACUUGGAAUAAAUACGGAGUGGGCUUUAGAAUAUUCAAUGAUAUUGACGGUGAAUCACAAUACUCUGAAUAUCCGUCAAUGGUGGCCAUAUUCGAACAAGAUUUGAAAAGCCCUGAACGGAAACUCGUUUUGAAAUGCGGAGGAUCGUUAAUUAAACCAAAUGUCGUAUUAACAGCUGCUCAUUGUGUUAUCAAGUAAUAUUAAUUAACUAUUUUUAUAUUUUUAAUGGGUAAAUUAUGUACUAUGAAUUAACAUUGUUAUGUUGAGCAAAUAACAUUUUAUCAAAGUAUCAACAUGAUUUUAAUAUUUCUUAUUAAUUUUCAUGUUAUUGUUAUUAUUUAGGAGUAAUCACUCGAAAUUUAUUAUAAGAGCAGGCGAUUGGGACUUGAAAACCGAAAGAGAGUUGUAUCCCACCCAAGAAGUCCGUGUGUCGAAAAUCGUAACACAUAAAGAAUAUUAUUCGGGAGGACUUUUUAACGAUAUAGCUCUAAUUUUUACGGAAAAAAAUUUUAUCCUCGAGGAAAACGUCCAAAUCAUGUGCUUACCCGAGGAAAACGACAGUUUUGCGGAUUCGAGAUGUUUCUCGACCGGUUGGGGUAAAACUGUAUCGUACAACAACUAUAGUAUUGUCAGGAAAACUGAAUCGGGAAAUAUUCGUACGUCACUGUAGUAAUAAUACUGAUAAUAAUAACGUUUAACUUAGACAUGUGUAACUAAGUACAUACCGCAAAUAAAUUAAUGUAUUAUAUUAAUUUGAUGAUAGAUAAAUCGGGCCAGUACGAAGUUAGUAUACUGAAAAAGGUCGAACUUCCAAUCGUAGCUCGCGAUCAGUGUCAGAAAGCCCUCAAGACCACAAGACUUGGGCCAGAGUUUAUAUUGCACGAAAGUUUCUUGUGCGCGGGAGGUGAAAAAGGAAUAGACACGUGUAAAGUAAGACAUUAUUUUUAUAUUUUUUUUUUUUUUAGUAUUCAAUCCGUAGAUUGGUCUACAAUAAAUGUCCUCUCCAUGAUUCUCUGUCUUGUGCUUUGUCUUUGAGUUGUUUGUACGAAUCGACUCUUGCAUCUUUAAUUAUUUGACUUAUGUAACAUGUUCUUGGUCUACCUCUUCUUUUUAUAUUACACACUCGAUAAUAAUAUUGUACAUGAUGCACUAAUUUUCAACAACAUAACGAAUAAUAUUCGCUAAAUUUAUUAUCUAGAACAAAAAUUUGCCAACUUAUAAAAACAUGUACCGGUUAAUAUAAAAUUAUUUUUUGUUUACAUAUAAUUUAAGCUUUACCGUAAUUUUUUCUCAUGGAAUAUUGAAAAGUAAAAUAUUAGAUGAUUCUGUUUUAUAUUAAAUUUUCAUUUUUUUAAUGAAUUUACUGAAUGUAAUGUCCUUAUGUAGUUAUAUUUUAUAAUAAUAUAUCGUUUCCAAGCUUCGGUAAAAUUAGUCAAAUAGAGAAGUGGUUUUCAACCUGAUGGUUGUAACCCAUACAGAGUUCGUGAGUGAUACUUAGAAGUUACCCAAAACUAUAAGUAUUCUGUAUACUGUGUAUUGUAUUAUUCAAGUUCUAUUAAACAAUUUUUUAAGGGUUCGUCUUACAUGAAUAAAAAAUAGGUGGUCGCGAUUCGUAAAAGGUUAUAAACCACUGAAAUUGGGGGAUCUGUCUUUUCGCAGUCGAUUAGAGCAUCACCGUUAUCAUUUUGUUGUUAUCACCCGAAAUAUAUAAUACAUAAUAUAAAUAAAAAAAAAAUAUAUAUAUUUUUAAAUUAUUUUUAUUGAAAAUAGAUGACAUUAAAUAUUUUAAUUGUCUUGAAAAAGUUUUAGAAUUUAGAUAAAUCAUAUUAUAUUAUUAUAUGGUAAUAAUCAAUAAAACUUCCAUUCGAAGGAAAACAAAUGAUUUUAAAUCUUUUAAAACAAAUUAAUUGGAAUUGGGUUUCAUCAACAUUAUUAGACAUUAUUAGGCACCAAAAUCGCAUAAAAAAAGAAAUUAAUACAACAUUUAUAAUAUUAACAAUUGAGUUUUAAUUAUUUGUACAAUUUUUUAUGUAAUAUUUAUAUUUAAUAUGACUUAUGGGUUAAUUUAGUGGCAAUUAAUUUUCUAAUAAUAAUUUUACCAUUUAUAAUUAUUAUUACCUAACUAUCAUGCAGUUUUUAUAUUAUCGUAUAAUUCUCGCUUUUAUAUUUAUAAAAUGAUCAUCACGCUUGUAAAAAAAAAAAAAAAAACUUUUAUUUUUAUCAUCUAUUUUUUUCAAUCUUUUUUUCUACUUAUAAUACAUUUUGGAUGAUAAUAUCAAAAUGUUAACGAUGGUGCUCUAAUUGACUGCUACUAAACACGACCACAGAAAUAUUAAUAUUCGUUUGAACUAUAUUGUUUCAUUUGAAAAGUGAAUAUACGAUUAAACAUACAGCAAAACAUACUAAAUUGCCUAUAUACUCAUACUAUAUAAUAAUCGUGCACAUUGAAAUUUGCGGUAUCGCAAUAACCUGAUGAAAUACAUAAUUAUCAUAACAUUUAAAUAAAUGGUCUAAUUUCUUAAUACAACUAAAUAAAUACAGAUUCAUUAUUGACGUUGAAAUAACAGAAUGUACACUUUAUAUUUUCAUUAAAUUAUUUAUUAUUAUUAUAAUUUUUUUUUUUUACAUAGGGUGACGGCGGUGGUCCGUUAAUGUGCUCGUUAAAAAACGAUCCUAAUCGUUUGGUGCAAGCGGGAAUCGUUUCUUGGGGUAUUGAAUGUGGUUUGGAAAAUAUUCCCGGAGUCUACGUUUACGUACCUCGUUUUCGGAAAUGGAUCGACCACGAAAUAGAAAACUAUGACGUUCCAGUAUAGUUUUAACACAGUGAAACAAUAAUAUUUACUUGGGCAUUUUCUAUGAAAAUUUCAACUACUUAUUUAUUUAUAAACAUGCAUUAUUUUUUUGUAUACUUAUGUAAUUUUAUUCAUGCAUUUUAAGUGUAUUAUACAAAUAACUGUUAAUAAUUAAAAAUUUAAAUUAUGUACUAAAUUGAUUAAAACGACGGAGUUAUUGUGAACAAUUUUGUUCCCUGCAGUAAAGCGUAUGAAAGCGAUUAAAGUUUAGGUACAUCCAUUAGCAGUAUCGGUACUUUUUUUACGAUCCAGUGAAAUCUAGCUAUUUGUAAGUUUAGCGAAAAAAUUACUCAACUAUGCAGUUUUAAAUUUUAACUCGGUUCUGUUUUACUUUCAUUCAAGCCAGUGGCGUAACUACACAUUAAAACGACCUGAGGCAAAAUUUGUUUUUUCGUCCCUAUAAUGGAAAAUAGAAAUUAUUAUAAGUUAUUAUUAUUACUUUUUUUUCUUUUGGAAAAGGUGAAGGCAACCACAUCUUAUCCUAUUAAAGAUUAAGUUUUAAUUUUGAAUUGAU